CUGUCUUUGGGUCCCUUGGAAAGCUAACUGGGUUGUCCCUCCUAAUUCAACUAUGAAGAUUCUUCAUUUCUUCUUGGCUGGUCUCUCUGUGUUCCUUCUGAUUUCAGCAGGCUAUGCCUCCAAAAAACCAAAAACUACCAGGGAGUGCUACAGCCUAAAUGGUACUUGCAGACUGCGGUGCAAGUCUAAAGAGAGAAAACAUGGAAAGUGUAAUCAUGUUCGGCGAUGUUGCAUCAGAUCACCAUUCCAAAGAGAAAAUCCUAUUGCAGACAACUCACCAUUUGUCUUCUGAAAUAUCUGAGAAGUCUUCUUCGUUUGAGAGCUGGAAUCCUGCCUUUUCCCUGCCAGAAUAGAAUACUACUCUGUCUCCAAACUGCUUUGGCCUUCAAUUAAAGUUUCCUGCUUUGCAAAGAUUUUUAUGAGUUCUUGCAUUUAAAACUAAAAUAAAUAAAGCAUUCUCGCUAUUUUCAGCAUUCAGAAUGAAA